AAACUCUCCUAACGAAUGCCUUGAGAUAAUGACCAAUAGUCCACCCCUCAUACAAUCAGUGACAGGAGAUAGUGGAGCUCAAGUUGUCAUCUUCAUGAUUUCGGUUGUGUUGGCUAUUGGCUAUUCGUUCUUCAUAAGUACUAGUGUAACAUUGGCAAAUUUACCAAUUUUCCUAACAUUCAUCAUCAUCAACUGUUUAAGAUUAAAGCCAAGAGAAGCAGACGCUCGGUCUGCCUACCUCACAACCAGAUCGACCAAGGUUGCUACGGAAUAUGUUCAGAGUGUCAAAACUAUCCAAAUACUUAACUGUCAGAAAUAUGUUGUCAACCAGUACCAGGAUAUGCUACUUCGUUCUAAGAAUGUUGUAUUUACUCUAAACUCGGCAUCUGUCUUGACUGGACCUGCCUUAAUCUUGAUAAGCCAGUACCCCGCAGCCAGGCAGGCGAUAAGGCAACUCUACAGAAUCUCCUAUGCUAAAAAUUCUCUUAAUAUAUUGACAGACCAAGGAAUCAAACCAGAAAUAAUUGGAAACAUCUUGUUCAAAGAUAUUACAUUCUCUUAUCCGACAAGGGAAAAAACACAAGUUCUAAAGAAGAUGAACCUCAAGAUCGAAGCAGGGAAGACGAUAGCUCUAGUAGGAGAUUCUGGGUGCGGCAAAUCGACUAUCGUCUCACUUCUUGAGAGGUUCUAUCUUCCCAAUGAAGGGAAAAUUAAACGCGAAGAUUUCUGUAAUCAGUCUGAAUUGCAGAGCGACAACGGAUGCCAUCAAUUUUGUCACCAGGGCUGCUUAGGAAGCCAUUGUGGGAAUGAGGUGAAGAAACUAUUACGGCUUUGCAGACGAUCUGACAAUCGUAGUUCGUCGAAAGCUCUUGGAGCUUAUUAUGCGAACACGACAUUCCUCACCAUUCGUCAAUGGCUUUCAGUGGUAGGCCUCCAGUUGGCACCGAUCAGGGCAGACGUAUGCCAAGUGCAGUCAUAUGCCCAUAAAGCUAUCAUUAUGCAUCGAAAAAGUGUCCCGAGUAUCGCUCGAACUUUUCAUACUGUGUCCUACGAUGCUGUAUGCGACGUCUUGAUCGACGGCAACGACAUCAAUGAUAUAAACGUGAGAUAUUUGCGAAGUCAGAUGGGUCUCGUUUCACAAGAGCCAGUCUUAUUUGAUAUGACAAUAAAGGAAAAUAUUCUUUAUGGUUUAGAAGAAAAGGUUACAAUGGACAAGAUCAUAGAAGCUGCGAAAAUAGCAAACAUCCAUAACUUUAUAAUGAAGCUUCCCCAGGCUUAUGAUACUUCAGUGGGGGAAAGAGGUUCGAAGUUAUCAGGUGGACAAAAGCAGAGGAUCGCCAUUGCUAGAGCUGUUCUCAGGAACCCCAAGAUAUUACUCCUGGACGAAGCUACAUCUGCGUUGGAUACAGAGAAUGAGAAGGCAGUGCAGGAAGCUCUGGAGAACGCCUCUGUCGGUAGGACCACUAUCGUGAUAGCUCACAGACUGUCGACGAUCCGUAAGGCAGACAAGAUAGUGGUCAUCCAGUCCGGUGUGGUAGUUGAGGAAGGGAACCAUGAACAGCUGAUGGAGAGAAGAGGCCACUAUUACCAUCUGCUUAGUAGAUAA